AUGUAUUCAUCAAAAGGUGAGGAAGCUAGGAAGCAUCCGAUUAUCAAGCUUUCUUAUCCUCAAAAGCGCAGAUCAGAUGUUGAUGAUUCUGAAGAAGAUAGUCAUAAGAGGAGAAAGCCAAUAGUUACUAGUCGUUGGGCUGAAGUUAAGAAAGAAGAAUCAAAGAUUUCUUCAAAUGAUGAAGCUGUUGAUUUGGGGUGCAAGAAGAUGAUCAAGAAUUCGGAUGAUCCAAGAGAAUCCUUGAAAAAGAAACCAAUGGAACGUUACAAGAGAAUGCAAUGUUGGGUGAUUCUAAAGAGAAUGAUAGAAGGAAGAGAUGGAUGGGCUUUGAAUGAAGCUCUUGAUCUCAAAGGUUCAGAGAGUGAUGAUAAUAAGCUGAUUCAUUCAAUUGGUUUGAAAGACAUUGAAGCUAAGUUGAGAUUGUAUUCAACACCCGAUGAAUUUGCUAAUGACAUGAGACUCGUAUUUUCUAAUGCAUUCAUGUUGCAUUCUUCAAGAGAUCACGUUUUCAAUAUUGCAACGAGGUUUAGUGAUGAAUUUGAAAGAAGAUGGAAAUCCUUGAAGAAAGAGUGGGCACUUGAGAAAACAAGAGUCAACAAGAUUCAUCAAAGAAAGAUUACAAAGGAGAAAUAA